GAGCUAAAGUUCAAAAAUAGAAGAAGAAGAAGAAAGAAAAAAUAUAUGUGGACAUUUUGUAUUUUGGUAGUUUUUUGAUCUUGUCUUUCACAAUUCACAAACAGUGAUACACAAAAUUCAACAAUGUCUAUGUCAGACUGGGAUACCGUGACCGUCUUGAAAAAGAGAGCCCCAAAGGCAUCCACCAUGAAAAGCGAGCAGGCGGUCAAUGCAGCUCGUAGACAAGGAGUUGCUGUGGACACGCAGUUGAAAUGGGGUGCAGGCAGCAACAAACAGCAUGUCAUUACUAAAAAUACUGCAAAACUGGACCGCGAAACAGAAGAAUUGAAACACGACACUGUUCCAUUGGACAUGGGAAAACUAAUCCAGCAGGGACGUCAAGCUAAAGGCCUCAGCCAGAAAGACCUAGCCACGAAGAUAAACGAGAAACCUCAGAUCAUCACCGACUACGAAGCAGGACGAGGUAUCCCCAACAACGUAAUCAUCGGAAAGAUCGAGAAGGCAAUUGGAAUAAAGUUGCGGGGAAAGGACCGCGGCUGCCCACUCCUUCCCCCAGGAGCCAAGAAGUAAAGUCACGUCCUGGGGGAGGAAGAAAGCAUCGGAUCGCAAAACUGUUUCGGCUGUGUCCCAGGACGAACGAUUUAUUCAAAUUCAUUAGCGAUCUAUGCAGAAUAGUUUGACGAAAUUGUUUGAUCUGGUGAUACGGGCUCAGGUUGUAUGAAUUUAUAGUUGGCUGCAACUUUGUAGGACUCCUGCAUUUUCGUCAAAACUUGAGUUCAUUCAUUUUAUUAUAAACCGUUGAAUGUUGAAUAAUUUUGUUUGGUAUAACAUUUUUGUGUACUACAAUCUAACUUCUGGAUAUUAGGGUUAGUUGUUUAAAUAGAAAAACUAUGAGGAAA